AUUUGCAAGAUUUUGGAUCACUUUUUCAUGGGCUGUCCCUGGAACCAAACAAGUCCGUCCUUAUCCACUUGAGCCCAUCGAGACGCCCAAAACCAGCAAAGUGGAUGGCACUUUCAUUAAAUUACCAAAAAUCCAGUGGCAAACUGGUAAUCAAAACCCUUUAUAAAUGCAUAUGGACAAGACCCCCCAGGAACCCCCCUCUCAAAAUGGUUGGCCCAUCUCAUCUCAAAGCCCCCCACUCCUUCCAUGUUUUCUCAAUGAAGUCACCAUCUUCAACCUUUCAACAAUCCAUGAAACUCAAAACCCUAAUCCACACCCUGAUCUUCUCUCACCUCUGCCGCAUAGCCCGAGCUCUUGCCAGAGCAAAGUCCAUUCUCAUUGAUGUCCUCAAGGAAAACCACCUCAUGCACAUGAAGAAGAAGAAGCAGAAGAAAAUAUUUGGAUCAAUCAGGCUGCACUACAACUGGUGUUCUUCGCAUGUUAUGCCUGUGUCCACACCUGUUCUUGAUGGGUUUUCAACAAGCCAUUUGUACUAUGAUUCCACGUGGAAUUCUAUCAUCCCACCUGAGUGUGAGGACAUGGCCGAGAGGCAGCUAUCUGGGUACCUCCAUUGGCUAGAGGAGAAGAAGGUGCACGAUAACUCCACAGUGGAGCCAGACAUGAAUGAGAUUGAUAAGCUUGCUGAUAUGUUCAUUGCAAACAGCCAUGAGAAGUUCAGGUUGGAGAAGCAAGAGUCAUAUAGGAGAUUCCAGGAAAUGCUAGCUAGAAGCAUGUGAGGGUGUUCGAUUAUUAUUAUUAUUAUUUUCUUUUCUCCUUUCACUUUCCCAUUCUUCUGUGUUUUUACAUUGGUAGGGUGAGGAAAGUUCAGUCAUUGAGUGGGUUGAGGUUUCUUCUUGUUCUUCUCUCUUACUUCAUUUCCAUGUCUUCUUUAUCCUUUUGGAUCAUGGGGUUGUUUGGAGAAUUGUACAUGAUGGGGUUUGGGGAUUUGUGCAAUUCUUCUCUUGAAAUUAUCUCAGCUUCAACUCUGCAACUUCCAGGUUUA